AUGCAGGUGAGUGGCAAAGAUUGGGUUGCUCUAUUUAUCUACUCCUUCACCUUUCUUCUGGGACUUCCUGCCAACCUGCUGGUCCUGUUUGUGUACGUGCGCAAGGCUCGGAAACGUGGCAUCACGCCCAACGUGGUCUACGCCCUCAACCUGUGCCUGGCCAACCUGGCACUCGUGGUCUGGCUGCCUGUUAAGGCACUGGAGACUUUUCUUCAAGAUUGGAGGCUACCACCACCAAUCUGCCCUAUUUACAGCUUCUUCCUUUACUCCUCGCUCUAUGGCAGCUGCCUGUUCAUCACCGCCGUGACGGUGGGGCGUUACCUCAGCAUUGCAUUCCCAAUUGUCUACAAGCUCUACCGCCGUGCUCGUAUCUCUUGCUUCAUCAGUGCUGCACUGUGGGCCUUGGUGCUGCUACACCUCAGCUUUGGCCUAGUGGCCGAAGGUGGGGCCAACUUUGUCAACAUCAAGAACGAUGCCUCAGUUUGCUAUGACCAUUUCAACGCCUCCCAGCUGGCUGUUCUGCUGCCCCUGCGCCUGGAGAUGGCCAUCGUCCUGUUUAUUUUGCCACUGAUUGUGACGUCCUAUUGCACACUGAGAUGUGUUACCUUAGUAUGGCGCUCAAAUUUGCGCCCUAUGGGAAAGAGAAGAGUUCUGGCUGUUGCACUCUCCACACUUGCUGUGUUUGUGGUGUGCUAUGCACCCUACAAUGCCUCACACGUUGUGGGGUUUAUAUUGAAGGAAAAUCUGGAGUGGAGGACAUAUGCUAUGCUUACAAGCUCCUGUAAUGUUUUCCUGGAGCCUGUAGUCAUGCUGAUGUUGUCACCAGCAGUGUCAAGAGGAAUCAUGGGAAGAAUGUGUGGAUGGCAAAGCCAAUUCAGCGAAAUCGAGGGGUUUCAUCGUCGUAAUACUGCCAACGCUAAAGAAAAUGUCAAAGCGCUGCCUACACUAUCGGAGAAAAGCCAGGCAGGGGUAGAGGUGACCAAAGUAAGUCAUGGCUGA